AUGGGCACGACGGUAAAACACCCGUCGCAAGGCACGGUGGUUCUGGCGGAGUUCAGUGCCGUCACCGGCAACACAGGCGCCGUCGCUCGUCGGUUACUCGAGAAGCUUCCUACCGAAUCGGAUUCCAGACUUUGCUUCUCUCAAGAUAGAUAUAUCUUCCACAUACUCCGAUCCGAUGGCCUCGCGUACCUUUGUAUGGCCAACGACACCUUCGGAAUUAGUUCAUCUAUUAAGAGAUUCAAUUGUGUUGCGGAGAGGUGUUCUUCAGAGGUUUUUCCGGCUUCUGUUGAGUGUUUGGAACUGAUCAGGCUUGAUACUGCAAAUUAUGCAACCGCGUUAGAAGCAGAAUCAAACAGAGGCUUCAUUCAAUUGGCAUCUGAGGAACAUGUUACACUCAAACUUUGUAAGAUUGAGAUUCCUUUAACUCGUUUGCACCAUAAUUGUGAAAUGGUUCUUUGCGAAGAUGGGACUGAAGCAUUAGUCGAAGUUUGUAUUGUAGAUCACAAUUUAGAGGUCAAAUUACACGAACUUGUUAAACCGGAGAAAGCAAUCAAAGAUUACAGAACAGAGAUUACUGGUGUCUCUUCUAAAGAUCUAGAGACCGUGACUCGCUCCUUAGCUGAUAUACAAAAAUUGAUGAAGAAGUGGUUAUCCAGUGGAGCCAUAUUAGUGGGACACAGUUUGUAUAAUGAUCUACGCGUGCUGAAGCUAUAUUAUGAUAGAGUGGUCGACACUGCAUACAUCUUCCAACCCAUGGAUGGAGCUACUCACAGGAGACCUUCUUUAAAUAGUUUGUGUCAGGCAAGUAACAACUUAUUUAAAUGCAAUGCAAGGACUAUGAUUUUGUAUUAA